AUGCCCCCCCACCCCCCGCAGUGCACAGCGUCUGGCUGGGAUCCUGGCUGUGAGGCUUGGCAGGUGAGUCCGAAUGGGAUGCGGUGGAGGGGGAGUCUACAAGGAGCCAAGAUCCUGACAAUAUGUUUCCUAGGUGGAAGUCAUUACUUGUUGAUGGAUGAAAUCUCCCGUAUUCUACACCAUAAUGGGCAUGAAGUGUGAAUGUUCCUCCAGUUUGGGGAAGGGAUGCUUCCAGGUUUAAAGUUGCCUUCCAGUCCUUAUCAAGUGACUAUGUUUCCCCUGGACCAAAAAUACAUGACAGAACACGAGGAGUUUUUGAUGGGCCUUCUCUCGAACCUGUGCAAGGUCACACUAAACCAGUUCCAAAUCUUAAACUCAUUGAGAGAGGAGAGGUAUGACAUUGCUAUAGUUGAUGCCCAUAACCCAUGUACGUUUUUGGUGUCAGAGCUUCUUGGAGUUCAAUACAUUGCCUUCUUUCCAAUGAUCUUUGCUAAUUCACCAUCAAACGUUGAAGAACACAUACAGUAUAUGUAUUUUGAGUCCCUUUGGGUAGAGAUGAAGAUUGAAGAAAUAUUUCAUGACACCAUUAAAGACUGUUUUCCAGAAGACUUUAGGCCAUCUUUAUCCGACCUCUACCAGAAAGCUGAAAUCUGGAUAUAUAACCUAGAUUUCACCAUUGAGCUUCCUCGGCCACUUCUACCUAAAGUACAGUAUAUUGGAGGCUUACUGGCAAGAUCUGCAAAGCCUUUGUCUGAGGGUGUCAAGCGGCACCCUAAAGCUCGUCUACUGGUGACACAUGGAGGACAGAACAGUCUGAUGGAGGCAGUCUAUCACAGAGUUCCUGUUGUAGGAAUACUACUGUUCGGAGAUCAUUUUGAUAAUUUGGUCCGAAUUAAAGCAAAAAAUAUGGGGACAUUUAUUCCACCUCAAAGAAUAAGAUCAGAAAGUUUUGCAAACACCAUGCGUCAUAUAAUAGAAGAUAAAAGCUACAAAAAUUCAGCAAUGAAGCUCAGUGCCAUAAAGAAGUUGCGUCCUUUUCCACCAGACCAGCUGUUGUUGAGAAGGGUGGAGCACAUCAUCCGAUCGGGUGGAGGCGGUCAUCUUCAUCCCUACUCAUACAAACAACCCUGGUAUCAGCAGUGUCUGCUGGAUGUCAUUCUGUUCAUCGUUGCCUGUCUCACCUUGGCUGUCUACCUCUCUGUGAUUUUUUUCAGGACUGUCUUUAGGAAAUUAUAUUCAAGAAAACAAAAACAGAAUUAA